UCCCAGCUCCGCCGAGAGGAGCCCUUGGGACCCUCCUCUGUUGCAGCUGCAACGGCAGCCGCGGCCGGGCGCGCUCCCCGCUCAGUGACCGGCCCUUCUCUCGCCUUCCGCCGCCGCCUCGCCACAGCCGCGCUCCCCCGGGGCACCAUGUCGGGGGACGCCGCCGGCAGCGGCCCCCCGAGCCCGCGCUUCCUGGUGCCGCCGCCGCCGCCGCCCAAGAACGGUUCCAGCUCGGACAGCUCCGUCGGAGACAAGCUGGGAGCCGCCGAGCACGGAGCCUCCAGCGCCGGUGGAGCGGGCGGUGGACCGGGGAGCGGAGGCCGCAGUGAGGAGUACCGGCGCCGCCGCCACACCAUGGACAAGGACAGCCGAGGGGCGGCAGCCACCGAGCACCGCUUCUUCCGCCGGAGCGUGAUCUGCGACUCCAACGCCACGGCCUUGGAGCUGCCCAGCUUGCAGCCCGCAGCGCCCUCGGCCCCUGUCUCGGGAGGCAGCGCGGCUCCCUCGGUGUUCCCUCCCUCGGGUGCCGGCCGGACCCCUUACGCCCCUGUCACCGUCGCCGAGGCCGACUCGCGGCCGCCGCCGCCCGCCCCGCUCCCCCUGGAAGGACAGGCUGCUGAGGAGCCCCCGGCCGCCAAGGAUGCCGCCCCGCUGCUGCCCAAGGAGGAGGAGGAGGGGGGGGAUGAGGCAACUGCGCUACCCCCUACCAGUGUCGCUGGCAGCCUGUCAGCUGCCAGCCGGGAAUUUGAGGAGCGGAGAACACAGCAGGAAGACAUCGAAGAGCUUGAGACCAAGGCAGUGGGCAUCUCCCCGGAUGGCCGCUUCCUGAAGUUUGACAUCGAGAUUGGAAGAGGCUCUUUCAAAACUGUGUAUAAAGGACUGGAUACUGAAACCACUGUGGAAGUUGCCUGGUGCGAGCUACAGGAUCGGAAGCUGUCCAAGUCAGAGCGACAAAGAUUUAAAGAGGAAGCUGGGAUGCUGAAAGGGCUUCAGCAUCCCAAUAUUGUCAGAUUCUAUGAUUCCUGGGAGUCUACAGUCAAAGGAAAAAAGUGUAUUGUUCUUGUGACUGAGCUCAUGACGUCUGGAACAUUAAAAACGUAUUUGAAAAGAUUUAAAGUGAUGAAAAUUAAAGUUCUACGAAGCUGGUGCCGUCAGAUACUGAAAGGUUUACAAUUUCUGCACACACGUACUCCUCCCAUCAUUCACAGAGACUUAAAAUGUGACAACAUCUUCAUUACUGGCCCCACUGGAUCAGUCAAGAUUGGAGACCUUGGUCUGGCAACCCUGAAACGAGCUUCCUUUGCCAAAAGUGUGAUAGGUACCCCAGAGUUCAUGGCCCCCGAGAUGUAUGAGGAGAAAUAUGAUGAGUCCGUUGAUGUUUAUGCUUUUGGGAUGUGUAUGCUAGAGAUGGCCACAUCUGAAUAUCCUUACUCCGAGUGCCAAAAUGCUGCGCAGAUCUACCGGCGAGUGACCAGUGGUGUCAAGCCAGCCAGCUUUGAUAAAGUAGCAAUCCCUGAAGUGAAGGAGAUUAUUGAGGGAUGCAUUCGGCAAAACAAAGGUGAAAGAUAUGCUAUUAAGGACCUUUUGAAUCAUGCUUUCUUCCAAGAAGAGACUGGAGUACGGGUAGAACUUGCAGAGGAAGAUGAUGGAGAAAAAAUUGCCAUUAAACUCUGGCUCCGAAUUGAAGACAUCAAAAAACUCAAGGGCAAAUAUAAAGAUAAUGAAGCAAUAGAGUUUUCAUUUGAUUUGGAAAGAGAUGUCCCAGAGGAUGUGGCACAGGAAAUGGUGGAGUCUGGCUAUGUCUGUGAAGGGGAUCACAAGACCAUGGCGAAGGCUAUCAAGGACAGGGUAUCUUUGAUUAAGCGCAAGCGAGAGCAGCGCCAGUCGGUGCAAGAAGAACAGGAGAAUGUACUUCAGGAAGAAGGUAGUCAGAAGCAGCAGCUGGAGCAGCAGCAGCCAUCAAGUGCUUCCCAUGCAGGGUCAAAGCAUCCCCAGUCUGUCACUGGUACUACUCCUGUCCCUACUGCUUCAGCGUCGGUUUCUACACAAGUGGAGCCUGAAGAGCCAGAAGCUGAUCAGCACCAACAGCUGCAGUUCCAGCAACCCAGUAUAUCUGUUCUUUCUGAUGGAACAGUGGACAGUGGCCAGGGGUCAUCUGUGUACACUGAAUCUGUGAGCAGUCAGCAGGCUGUGUCCUAUGGUUCCCAGCAUGAGCAGUCAGUCUCAAGCACUGGAGUCCAGGGAUACCCAGCUUCAGUUGGCCAAGUGCAGUCCCAGCAGCAUGGAGGUUAUCAGCCACCUGCAGCGACACAGGUGCAAGGCCAGCCAGCCUCAAGCAAUGCUGCGGUGCCAUCCCAGCCUACUCAACACACUCAGCAGAGUGCACAGCAGCCAGCCUCUUCCCAACAGCCUGGACAAUACCAGCUGCAGCAGCCCUCAGUUUCUGCCAGCACCACUCCUGCACCAACCGUCUCUCAAACUCAGACUUCACAGAUCAUGCCAGUGCCUCAGGCAGCAGCUGGGACACAGCUUCCUGUUUCCCAACCAGUGUCGAUCAUCCAAGGCGAGCCUCAAUUACCUGUUGCAGCAUCUUCUCUCCCUCAGCCUUCAGUUGCCCCAUCAGUCCCCAUUGGCUCUCAUUUUCUACCCAUGGGACAGGCCUUGCCAACUUCCGUGGUUCCCCAGUUCCCAGUGUCUCAGUUGCCUGUAGCAGCUCCUCAUGUGACAGUGGCUCAGCCAGGUUUCCAGUCGCUGCCCAUUUCAAUGGCAGCUGGCAUGAAUCAGCCACUGCUCACGCUGGCCACAUCUGCUGCAGCAGCUGCUGUUCCUGUAGGACCAAGCGUUGUCCCUAGCCAGCUCCCCACACUGAUGCAGCCUUUGGCUCAGCUGCCCAGCCAGGUUCUCCCGCAGCUCCUGCAGCCGCCUGUCCAGGCCGUGGGAUUGCCAGUCAGCAUUGGACAAGCUGCUGAAGCUUCACUUCCUGCUGGAGAUGCUCUUUACCAGAGCUUCCCAUCUCGGCUGACACCGCAAUACCCAGGGGACUCCAACGUUGCACCUUCCUCAGCUGUGGCCUCUGCCAGUAUUCCUUCUGCUGUGCUGUCCCCUCCCUUGCCCACAGAUGCAAUGGCCCAGUCAGGGUACCUUGCUCCUGUUGUGCAGCCGUAUGGGGAACAGAGUUUAGUUUCCAUGGGCAGCCUGGGAGGACAGGCUCAGGUGGCCCAGCCUCCUGUGAGCUUACCACAACAGGCCUCAUCUGCCUCCUCGCAGCAGACAGUUGUGGAGGGUACUCAGGGAGUCUCACAGACUGCUGCUUCAGAGACUCUUCCAGCAACACAGCCUGCUCAGUCUACUCCUUUGGCUUCUUCUAUGGAUAGUGCACAUUCUGAUGUUGCUUCAGGAUUGAGUGAUGGCAAUGAGAAUGUCCCGCCUUCCAGUGGAAGGCACGAGGGGAGGACAACGAAACGUCACAUGCGGAGAUCUGUCCGCAGCCGCUCGCGCCAUGAGAAGACUUCUAGGCCAAAACUGAGGAUUCUAAAUGUUUCCAACAAAGGUGAUCGGGUAGUGGAAUGCCAGCUGGAGACACACAAUCGGAAAAUGGUUACUUUCAAAUUUGAUUUGGAUGGUGAUAAUCCUGAGGAAAUAGCUACAAUUAUGGUGCAGAAUGAGUUUAUUUUAGCAACAGAGCGAGACUCAUUUGUAGAACAGGUACGAGAGAUAAUUGAGAAAGCAGAUGAAAUGCUAAGUGAGGAUGCAAGCGUGGAGCCAGAAGGGGAUCAGGGCUUGGAGAGCAUGCGGACAAAAGAUGACGGCUUCUUCCCGGGGUCACAGAAAUUAGAGUUCAAACAGCCAGAUCCUACAUCUUCCAUGCCACAAAGAAUAGGGGUUCCCUCUAGCUCCUUUACCCAGGUUGUUCAUUCUGCUGGAAGACGGUUCAUUGUCAGCCCCGUCCCUGAGAACCGACUGAAAGAACAGGGCUUUUUCACCUCUGCUGUUCUUGGAGGAAAUGAAACUUCAGAGAUGGUUGCAGCAUCUCCUGUACAUGGUCCUGGAAUGAAUCUCUCCCACUCAGCAUCAUCACUGAGCUUGCAGCAAGCUUUCUCUGAGAUGGGGCAUGCUCAGAUGACAGAAGGACCUAGCACAGCUCCUCCAGUGUUCAAUCAAACAAUACCACCAUUUCCACCUGCACUUUCUACCAUGGCGGGCAGUGGUGCAACUCCUGCAUCUGUGGCUACUUCUUCAGUAUCUGUUUCCUCCAGCACUGGUGUUUCUCUUCCAGGAUCUGUUACUUUGCCUUCAGAAAAUGCAGCUGUUGGAGUUGCGCCAAGCACAAGUGUGCCAAGCUCUAUUUCUCCACCUCCCGCCUCACAAUCUGGACAGCAAUCGACCGGUGUCACUUCCAGCGUGAGCGCCCCUGCUUCUUUCUCCUUAUCUGCCACAUCCCAGCCUGCUCUACCAGUGACUGCAGACAUUGCUGCCAGUAUCAGCACGCCAUCAUCCUCGGCACUGCCACCUGCCCAGGUUCCUGGGGUCACUGCUCUCAGUGCUGCUGCACCAGCUGUGACAUCUCAGUCUACUCCUCAGACUGUGAGUAGUAUGGCAGCAGCACAGACAUCUGUUGCCCUGUCUCUGGCUCAGAAUGUGGCUUUGCAGCUUCCCCAGCUCAGCAGCAGUGGCUCUGUGUCCAGUCUGGCAGAAACAACAGUCGUAAGUGCUCCUCAGUCACUACCUGAGAGUGGGCACUCUCUGGACAAAUCGCAUUCCUGCAGUGCAGCUGGCUUAUCUCUGCCAAUCUCUGCACCUUUAUCAUCCUCAAUAGCAUCAAGCAUAUGUGGUUCAGUCUCUCAGCCAGUGAUCCAUCCCUUACUUGUUCCAUCAGGAAUGACAUCAACACCUGUCCUACCCCAGAUUUCAGGUGCAACGCCCAUGUUGCCCCAGGUUCCCUUACCUGGUGUCUUGCCACAACCAGUCACUAACUUGCCUGCAGUACAGCAGACUUUGAUCCACAGCCAGCCUCAACCAGCUCCAUUGCCCAACCAGCCUCAUGUUCACUGUCUGGAGUCUGAUGCUGAUGCUCAGUCUAAAGCCCCUGGUAUUGAUGAUAUAAAGACCCUGGAGGAAAAGCUGCGAUCUCUCUUCAGUGAGCACAGUAAUGUGGGAGCGGUGCAUCCGUCAGUGUCUCUGGAGACCUCUCUGGUGAUGGAAACAACAGUUGUUCCUGGCAUCCCAACCACUGCUGUUGCACCAAGCAAACCCCUGACAUCUAUUAGCACUUGUAUACCUCCAAGCAGUUUGCCUCUUGGACCAACUGGCUUGCCAGUACUGACUCCAGUUGCCACUCCUGGGCAAGUGAUCACCCCAGUCAGCUACAUCUCUGCCUCGAGCAGCGUGGCCUCAGCAGCAGUGAAAGCAGGGACCUCUCCUUCCAAGCCCCCUCUCAGCAGGGUACCGGUGCUACCAGUAGGUUCUGACCUUCCGGCUGGCACUCCAUCCAGUGAGCAGCUGCCACCUUUUCCAGGACCUUCACUAACUCAGUCCCAACAGCCACUGGAAGAUCUGGAUGCUCAGCUGAGAAGAACCCUUAGUCCAGAGACCGUCCCAGUGACAUCUGCUCCUGCCUGUUCUGUGCCCUCAGUGGCAUCAACAGUGGUUACUGGGCCGGUGUCCACAGCAACACAGAGUCUGAAGGAUGUUUUGGCAGCAGGUGAUGGAGACAACAGUGCUGUGGGUGCUGCAGGAGGAGCCAGUGUGCUGAAGAUGGGACGGUUUCAGGUGUCGGUGGCAGUGGAUGAUGUGCUAAAAGAGGGUGACAAACCUGAAACGAAGCCAGGGCAAUUUGAAACCACCUCCACUGAUUCUUCAAGCCUUUCUGGCAGUAGCCCAGAGAGCACGCUGGUGAAGCAGGCUGGGAAGAGCGGGGCUGUGGCUGCCCCCCCCUUGGAUGUGGUGGAUGGUGUUCCCGAGGCAGCUCCCGCGCUGCCGCUGCUGGCAGAUGCUGCUCAGGCCACCAAGGUUGGGCGCUUCCAGGUGACCACAACAACGGAUCAAGUGGGGCGCUUCUCCGUGUCAAAGGCUCGGGAUGAGGUCAGCUGUGCUGAGAAAGAGCCAAUGACUCUUCCUCUCUCUGUGGGCUUGGAACAAGUUGCUUCUUCAGCUGCAGCUCCAAAGAAAGAGUUGGAGUCGAGGCAGUCCCCACAAAUGAAUGGUCCAUCCUCUGAUCCGGAGGUCGCUUUUCUCAGUGGCAUGGCUAAGGAUUUGGAUGAUGGCUCAGGGAGCCCAGACUCUGUCCAGCACCUGGGAUCAAAGAUCAGCCUCCCUGUUCAGAGCCUUAGCAACUCCUUCAACUCUUCCUACAUGAGCAGUGACAAUGAGUCGGAUAUUGAAGAUGAAGACUUGAAGUUGGAACUCCGUCGGUUGCGGGAGAAGCACCUUAAAGAGAUCCAGGAGCUGCAGAGCCGCCAGAAGCAGGAGAUUGAGUCACUCUAUGUGAAGCUGGGCAAGGCUCCACCUGCAGUAAUUAUUCCCCCAGCUGCACCCCUGUCAGGAAGAAGGAGACGACCUACGAAAGGAAAAGGCAGCAAGUCCAGUCGUAGCAGCUCCCAGGGACAUAAAAGCCCUCAGCUAUCAGGCAACCUAUCAGCUCAAAGUGCACCAUCAGUCUUGCCCCCUCAGCAGACCCUUCAUCCUCCUGGCAGUGUGCCAGAGACUGGGCAGAACCAUUUGUUACAGCCCCUCAAACCUUCACCUUCCAGUGAAAAUCUCUACUCUGCCUUCACCAGUGAUGGUGCCCUGUCGGUACCGAGCCUUUCGGCGCCAGGCCAAGGGACCAGCAGCACCAACACAGUGGGGGCUGCAGUGAACAGCCAGGCUCCCCCGAGCCAGCCCACGGCCAUCGCCUCCAGCCGCAAGGGCACCUUCACCGAUGACCUGCACAAACUGGUGGAUAACUGGGCUCGGGAUGCCAUGAACCUGUCUGGCAAGAAAGUUGGCAAAGGGCACAGCAACUACGAGGGCCCUGGAAUGGCAAGAAAAUUCUCGGCACCAGGUCAGCUCUGUAUCUCUAUGACAUCUUCCCUGGGUGCUACACCCAUCCCUGCAGCAUCAGCUACCUCUUUAGGUCCCUUCAGCAAGGCCAUGUGCCCCCCGCAGCAGUACGGUUACCCAGCAGCGUCCUUCCCCCCGCCCUGGAGCGGGCCAGGGGCGCCAGCACCGCCACAGCUCGGCCAGUUCCAGCCCGUGGGUGCCACGUCUUUGCAAAGCUUCAACAUCAGCAAUUUGCAAAAGUCUGUCAGCAACCCUCCAGGCUCCAACCUGCGGACCACUUAGCCGUGCCCAGAGACCCUGCUGGCUACACCUCGGGACAGGACAUGGGGAGGGAGAUGGGGCCCUAUAUCACUACUAGUGCUGCAAUGAACUGGUAGCUGGCCAGACUGGGAAUGAAUUUCUCUUUUCCAACCAUUGCUGUCGACUCUCUGUAGCGGGAGUUUUCCCACACACUUGGAAGGGGGAGGAGGAUGAUGAGCAUCAUUGUGAUGGGACAGUGCUUUUCACUGAGGGGGGCUGCUCUUGUGUGCCACGAGAGCUGUGAGCAGAAGCCAGGGGGUCAGGUCAUACAGUCUUGCUGUUAAAUAUUUCUGGUUGGAGGCUGAAUCCACACGUGUGGAGGUGGGAGAGCUGAACCCUAGCAUGAGGCUUUAGCAUGCUUCUCGCCUCUUCCUGAAGAACCAAGAUCCAGAAAAAGCUGUCCAAAUUCCCCUCCUCUCCCUCUCCCCAGUCAAUAGUAUCUGGCUCUGAAAUGAUGGGGCACACGAAUGGACUUGUGGUGCAGCCCGUGCUUGAUAGGUCAUUACUGCUUUAAGUAAGAUAUUAACAGCUUUGACUGCAGCAUUAGAGCAAUUUAAAUUGUUAAAAAAAAAAUUUAAAAGUUCCCUGCGGACAUGUACUUACCAUCAGUUUUGAUGUGGAAACACUGUGAUUAUAUAAAUGUUGUUGGACAACAGUAGUUUAAAAAUGAGUGGAAUAUAGAGGGUUAAAAAAGUUAAAAAGAAAAAAUGGGAAAAAAAGCUAGCUAUAUCCUUAUACUUAUUGGAGACACUUUAACUUUUUCCUUUGUAUUUUCAUUGUAUUAGAUAAAUAAAUGUGAAUGUAAAAUUGUAUAAAUUAAUGUACUUGAAUACUUGUCUGUUCUCCCAGUAUGCUUGCUGGAUAUUUUAGUGCCUUGGACUUCUCUUGCUUCUGCAGUUUAGCGUCGUCUUCCCAGCAGAGCCCAGGUGAGCAGAGGGCAAGGUGAGGGCAGGAUGUUUGUGCCCAGCGCCCGGGACGUUGGAGCAGGAGCGUGGAAGGGAGGUCACCGAGGCUGCGGGUCCGAGCAGUUCUGUGUGUGGGAAAACUUAUCCAGGUGGGCAGAGCUGAAGGUGUGGGGUGACAGGGGCCAGGUGGGCUGGGACGGAGGGAUGCAGGUGAAGCUACAACGAGACUUAACCAGUAUUGGCUCUGGAGGCAGGAGGGCUGGGUCAGAAAUGGAGAGAGGAUAGAGGGGAGAACGUGUAUCUUUGGGAAAGGCCCAAUUGAAGAUGCAGUUUGACUCCAGCUGUGAAGUGGUAAAGAUGUUUGGUCAGGAUGUGACUUGAGGGAGAGGUGCCAUUGCUCGUUGGCUUGGGCUUGUCUGCUGGGAUUGCUUUUCUUACUUUUUUUUUUUGGUAAAAUUCAUUUAAGCCAGGAACAGACUGUCCUGGUGCAACGUCCAUUGCCGGCAAUGGAUGUACUUGAAGCAGCCGGCAUCAAGAAGUUUCCUCUGUCUUACUUGGAGGAUUUACAAUUUUGUUCACUCUUAACAAAUUUCAAGCUGGUACCAGGACUGUCACUGUCUGUCACUUGUCACCUCUUAGUACCUGUACUGUAUCUUCUGCUUUGGUCAUUCUCCCUUUUUGUGUUUAAGAAAUACUGGUUUCCUCUUCAAAGUCAAAAUUAUACCAGCCAGUAUUUAUGUAGUGCUGCGAGAAGCUGUAAUGGAUGAGGGUGUGGCUUCCUGGCGCUUGGGAGCAGGUCCUCGGUGUCCUGGAGGCUGGUGCCUCACAGAGCUGUUACUUGCCCACGUUUGUUUUAAUCUCGGAGCGCUGUUCCCUGCUGGGCCCUUAGUAGAGAGUUUUUGUGUCCGCAGCUGUUCUCACGCUUUCAUUCUCACAAAGAAACGUGCGGGAUGCUUUCCGUCCCUGUCCCUUGUUCAGCAGCAGUUGUGGCAGCAGGGCGGGCGCAGGCUGGAGAGGGGCGGUGCCGUGGGACAGGCGCGGGCUGAGCUCCGGGGGCAGCGGGAGAGCAGCGGGCCCGAGGCUGAGGCCAGUGGGAACCUCGGAAAGGAAGGAUGCAGGGGGGCAGGCUCUUGAGCACACCCAGGGAAUCAGGACCGGGACAGAGCCGAGGCAGUAAUGAGACAAGGGCAAUAUUCGUGGCAGAGGAACUGGUCAGCUGGAUGCAGCACAUGGUUUAAAUUUGAUCUAAUAAGUUUGAGGUCGUUUUUUCACUUAAUGUUAUGCAAGAACUGGUUUUAUUUACCAUUGAUUUUUUUUUCUCCCACCCUCUCCUCCUGUGGAUGAAUAACUGAAGUCUAGAGGAAUAAACUAAUGCUACUGAACUGUUAAAUUAUUUUGUUUAAUAUUACACUUUGAGUAUCUUUUUCCACAUAAAAUCUGUUUCUGAAUUACAAGCGUUUUCUUUACAUUAUUUAACAAUGUACACUGUAAAAAAAUAAAAAUAAAAAAAAUAAAAUUAAUUGAAACUUUG